UGGCGGCAUCCGCGACUUGCAAGUAGCUGCUUGAAAGUCUUGUCCAUGAACCAUAGAUGCAUGAUGCAUUUAUUUACUAUUUUAUACAGCGUUUUUUAAAUAAUAUAUAAAUAUAAGCAUUGACGUCUUAACAAUGUCGGCAAAUUUGAGAAGAGACGUUGACUUCAAUGGUCUAUUUCGUAAAUUAGGGCAUCCGCUGGAAGAGAUUCGUGUUAGAGCCUUAUCAAAUAUCCAGUCUAAAUUGGAACAUAAGCUCAUUUGCUAUGCCGACAUUGUGCAUGAAAAACAGCUAUAUGUUCGUCUGCUUGAGUGGUUUAACAUACCAGAUUGUACUCAUAAAACUGAAGUUUUGAGUCUUCUAAAUCAGUUGGCGCAGCAUUCCCCCGGAGCACAACUGCUGCAGGAUAUAGGCGGCAUUGAGUUCUUGUCACAGCUGAGGUGCGACAUUGAGCCCUGUCACAGACCAAUCAUUGAUCAGAUUCUAGAGAGCACCAUGCACCUGCCAGAUCAAGAGUCGCACGUCCAUGCACCUGAGUGUAUCUAUCACAAGCUGAGGGACAGUGCUGUGUGGGGAGCAAGUACACUGACAACAGAAGACAAAUCCCACAUGUCAGAGUCCCUGGGCUCACGUCUGACGACCAACUUAGACAGACUGAGUCAGUACGUACCAGGUGGGCCCAGCUAUUUCACAAACGGCGCUACCCAGAGGGUCCCCCCUCAACACAGGGAGGAGAAUGUGGGGACAGAACAAAGUUUAUUCAACACGAAGGAUUACAAUGCAAAUAUCUUUCGUUUGUCAACAUUUCCUUGGUUACCGUUGACAGGAAUAGAUCAGCAAGUCAUAACAUCAACCAACAACUCGCUCCAAACCAAGGAUUCUGCCAUGCUCAUUGGGGCUUGUGAGUUUUUGGCUGAUGUCGUCUUCCAAGAUUUUCCUGCAGAACUUUUUCUUCAGAGGCCAGGCAUUCUUAAAAACCUUCUCUCCCUGCUGUCUUUACCUACUGCAUCAAGCCAGCCAGUUGUGACACAGUCAUGCCAAACUCUCACCAUAUUUAUCAAAUGUCUGCAGGCUCGGAUACGCUAUUUCCAAGAUUCCUCCAUGUACAUAUCUAAACAUGAUUUCACCUCCAGCAACUCAACCAUUUCCUCGUCCUCCAGUAGUCGUGGGGACGGCCCUCUCUUGCCCCAGGGUCAGCAGUUCAGUUGGUGUGACCGGCGGCAUAGAGGGGAUGGACAGGAUGGUGACAGCUCCUCUUCAGCAAGCGGAGCUUCCAGUGUUGUCCCUGACCCAGACACUGACCUUGACCUGGAGGAAGGGACACGCCUGCAGCACCAACAGCUGACCCUGCCCCAGUUCUGUGUGGCCUUGCUGCAGAGGAUCCUGCCGCAGUUGAAGACAGAUGAUGAGGCCCUGGGUGUGAGGCUGCUGGAGCUUCUGGCGGAGGUUGUCACAGUUCUCUCUUCUGUGCUGGACGCAAGCUUCUGGGCUGAUGAUGAGAGCUCAGCUAAAGAUAUGGUGGACAGGCUGACAGAUUGCAUGGAGGUGAUGGCGGAGCUGAUGGAGUCUCACCACCACCACCACACCCAGUCACUGCCUGCUGAUGCCAGAAGUUUGAGCAGGGAAGACCUGGCUACUCACAGGGUCCUGUUCAUGGGUCUGGUGACCGUCGUCACCAAAUUUUUGACCAUGAUUCCUCUAGAAAAGAUGGACAGAGUCCUUCCAGAAAAGCUCAAGUCCUGCUUGUACACAAUCAUUUACGACGAGCCUCUUGCUGUGGUGUAUCCUCGAUGUCGAGCUGUCUGUUUAACCAUUGGCCAGACCCUGGGCCUGUCUGUACCACUGGACUAUCAGCAUGCUGUGGAUAUCUGUCACUCAAUGGCCAACACCUGUUUGUUUUGUUUACAAGUGGAGGAUAAACAGCGUCCUACAUCCGAAUUGGCCAGAUUGGCUUGUGAUGGGAUCCGCAGUCUGAACUAUCAUCUGUACUUCCCAUUUGUGUCCAAGUUUGUCAAGUUUAUUUCUACGAUUUGCAGCAGUAAAAAAACAGACCAAGGUGUCAUCACCCAAUGUACUGGUGUUUUACUUCAACUAAUGUCCUAUCCUGUAGAUUCUGUUAGGGAAGUGUGUUACGCAACCAUCCUGGAUACUAUCAAGAGUUGCCUUCAAGUGAGCUAUGCUGUGAUGCCAGAGUCUAAAGCAAGUUUCCAGGCCAAAUUUAUAAUGAACCCCGACAUCCUCUAUGAACUGGUUUCUUUUGGAUUAUCUGACACACUGGAAAAGGUUCGGACGUCCUCUUGUGAGACCCUCCACCGUCUGCUCCAGUCCCAGCUGCUGAUGUCUGAAGGUCUGUGGCAGGAGUUCAUCUUGUCACUGACCAAAUCCCUGCCAGUUUUACAGUCCUACACUGACCAGAGUACAUCACUAGGUCGUGGUCUGUGGUACAUGCUGGACCCCACUACCACCACACACAACCUCUCCCUUCUUGACAAGCUGCGAGGGGUUCUACGCCUCUUCUUCCUGGCUGACAAGAAACUGAGGCUGGAGGCUGCCAAACAUCUGAAGUGGUUUUUGUGUAACGAGCAGAAUGUGGAGAACAAACUACCCAGUGCUUUUGACCUUGACCCUUCCAGCUUGUCAUGUGACCUUGUGACACUGACCACCCAGCUGGUGGAGGAGGACACCAGCAGAUCUGUAUUUAAGGAGGAGGGCAUGGUUCAAGUGUAUGACAUCUUUACCUCUGACCCAGUUGACCCAGGGGUCAAAAAGUCUGCAGGUGACCAACUGGCCAUCAUGAUGAAAGAUCCUUAUUUACAUGCCAAGUUUAAAUCAAAAGGUGGGGCAGAGAUGGUGUGUUCUAUAAUCCAACAGGCAGUGAACAAGGUGGACACUGAGUCCAAGAAGGACUUGACCCCCUACCUGCCAGCAUGCCUGUCUAUCCUGCGCUGCCUGACCCACCAUGAUUACUCACUCCGCCACAGCCUGGCUAGAGACAGUGACCUCUACUAUGCUUUAAUCAGAGUUUCCCUCCUUCAUCCCAAACAAGAUUCCAUCAAGAUGGAUGUGUCACAUAUUUUAACUCUCCUGCUCUUUGAUGAGGUCUCUAAGUUUGAUGUUGGGUUUGGGGAGUCUCAGGUUCCUGGCACCAAGUUCAGUCUACCUGCCCAGGUGAUUCAAAGGUACCGCCUGCCAUUCCUGCCCCAAAGUCACCACACCUACAGCCCCAGCAGUCUGACACUGCCAGAUGACAGCAGUGACAUCAUGACGACCAGGGGACCAAAGGAAAUGAUGAAGGUUGCCUGGAAUGUGGCCUGGCACGGUGGCCUUGACCCACUUGUUGAUUCCUUCGGUACACAGCUCUUUACUGAGACAAAUAAGGACUUCAGCCCCGCCCUGACCCUAACCCCAGUAGAGCAGGUGGUGCUGGAGACCUCCAACAUCCAAUGGCUGCUCAGGUCGAGGGUGGAGUCUAUCAGACAAGCCACCUCCCACCAGGCGGUGACCUCAGCCAUCAACCAUAUGAUGUCCUACACAGCCAUCUUCAAGAUUCCAGCCCUCAGCAACUUCUUCACUGGGCAGGAUUGGUUCUCAGUGCUAGACAAGUUCCUGACUGUCACGCCCACCUCCAGCUCAGACCAGUCCCUCCUCCUGCAUGUCCUAAAGUUCAUUAGCUCCGUCCUACCAUUUCCUAAAGGACAAAGUCCUGUGCUGACUUGGCUCCUGGACAAACUCUACUGUCCAUCUGGUCCACUGAUUAGUUUGUUAAGUCAGUCAGUGGCUGCUGAGCAGGGGACCAUUCACAGAGCACUGACCAAGGUACUCCUGCAGUAUGUCACCACCAUCAACCUUUCACUGCCCUACCAGCUUCAACAGAGGUACAAGUCUGUGCGGAUGAGAGGUGAUCUGGUGCGCACCUUACAGCGCGGUCUCAAUGUUACAGAUGCUCCUCACUUUUACAACCUGGCAUCACUGGAGGGCACACUGACCUGCCUUCUGCACAUCACUGCCAGGCCAGGAUGGAGUGCUGAAACAUCUGACUGCGAGGCUCUGGUGUUAUGUAACCAGCUGCUCAAAAAUUUGUUGGAGGUCGUCUGGUCUUUUCACGUUGGCCGCGGAGGGGCGUCCCAGUCCUACAUGGGUCGCGGGGUCACAAAGUCUGGCAGCCUGUGUCUGCUGCACCUGGUCUUUGAGAUGAGCUCUGUGGCUGAAGAUGAGAACUGGGUGAAGAGUUGGCUGUACAGGAAACAGAAUGAUGGCACGGAGAACGGCUUUAACUGGCUGCUGACACUGUGGGCUUAUAGGGACUCAGAGGUGCGGGCAGCUGGCCUUGGUAUUGCAGCAGGCUUGACCUCUACUGAAGCAGGUCGUCUACUGAUGACAGCUAACUGUAAACACAUCCCAGGUGGCCUGUGGGGGGCAGCAUUCAGCGUCCUCCUGGACCCUCAGGAGUGCUGCAUGGUUCGCCAGCAGGCGGGGUACAUUUUAAUUAACCUGACGUCACAGGCCAUGCCCAGUGGUCAGGUGGAGACAACUGAGGGGACCUGGCACGGCCCUCUGGUCAUUGACCCUGAUUGCCAGCUGAUGUUGACCGGUACAGAAGCACUGAGGGCUCUCCUAGAACACACCAGCCUGUUUGCCUGUGUGGCCCAGCUGCUUGACUCCCUCUACACCUCGUCCCUGAUACAACCUGUGCUGGUCUCUACAGACCUGGAGGACACAGACUCUACAUUCAGUACCACUGACAGCAGAAGUGAUGCCCCAACAGGGAGAACAGCGCAGACGACGGUGUUAAGUUUAUCAGCUAGUCUCACGCCCAACCUCACACCCAGGUCUAAACAAACAACAUCAACAGACAGGAGCAAAGUGUCCACGCUGGACAGCACGCUGACCAACACUCUGUCCACAAAUACUGAGGCGUCAGUCAACUCACAAACUGAAGAAUCUCAAAGCAUAGCCACACCAGGUCUUGUUUGCUCCAUGGUCAAGCUUCUAUCUAAUGUCCUUCACCUGACGCCCCAGUAUUGCCUGGAACAGAUGAGGCAACACUCGUUAAUGACAGCCCUCGUUAGCCUAGUGACCACAGACAAAAUUCAAUCUUUGUGUAAUGAAUUAUCCAGUCGUGUGACCGGGUCAUCUAGUGCAUUGACCCUGCUGGACAUUCUACAGAUGUUUGAAUCCAUUGUUGAUUUAUUAUCCGCUUUGGUUACCAUGGAUACCAAUUCGAGGAUUGAGCUGUUGGGAAAGAAGACAGCUCUCACAUCUUUGGCUUCACUUCUGCUGUUACAGUGGCCAGCACAAGAUGAUGUGGGCGACAUGUUUGCCAGCUUGGCCAAUAGUGUGCUCAAACUUCUGUGUAGGCUGCUACAGCACCGUGACCCCAUGGCCUUGCAUACAUUGACAGCCAUUUUGGGACCUAUUUGGUCUCCUUUAAUUGAAUCCCUGUGCCUGAUGCUGGAUGACAGUAGCUCUGACCGCCAGAGCCUGCAGGCCUCAUGCCUAGACUUCCUGGCCCUGCUCCUGUGUGAGGAGAGCCGCUCUCUGGUCAAAACUCCAAACAAACUGCUGGACAUUGCCUCAGUGGCGGAGCUGCUGGACGCCUCAUUAAAUAAUGAGGAGAGCGGGGAGGUUUGUAAAGAUGUGAGGACCACUGGUCAGAUGCUCUCAAAAGUUUUCCUGCAUCUCUUUGACGUGGCCACCAAGGUUGAGAUAGAGGAGAAAGUCCUUCAGGACGUGAGCAGAACGUUGAAGGUCAUCAGUGCUUUCAAGGUUCUGCUCAGUGUGUCACAGUCUGCUAAAUUAUACGCUCUGGAAGGUGGUCUGGUAGAGUUGACCAUAGAGCAUAUCAAAACAACCCAUGCUCAGCUGAACCUCAACACUCUGAAUAUGCUGAGGACAGGAGGCAAAAGGGAAGAAGUGUUGAUCCAAGAGCUGAUCCUAGUUUUUGAUUUUCUGCGUAACUUUAUGUACAACAACACUAGUGUCAAGGUUGCUUGCUACCACAGUGGUCUGACAGUGGUGGUCCAGAAGAUGUGGUCCUGGUGCCAGUUAGAAGGGGAGCUACUCACAUCAGUUUUAUCUCUGCUGGCCUGCUACACUGCCCAUUGUAACUCAGCUGCUGCCUCCAUAGCAAGCCCCACCUCUGUGCUGACCACAGGGAAGCAGGCCCAGGGCACCAUAUUCCACUCCAUUCUCAAGCUGGCCCAGAGGGAGCUGGACAGGGAGGAAUGUUCCCCUGUGCUGCAGUUGACUUUUUCUUUACUCACAACCCUUGUCAUCAACUCAGACUGUAGAAAUCUGCUAUGGAAGAGUACCUUCCUGCAUCAGUUUUCCCAGCUCAACCCACGCAAGAAACGUGUCAAGGUCAAAGUUGCCAUAGACAUUCUCUGGUGCCAGCUCCUAACUGCCUUGUCAUUUAGUGUUGACGGGCAGCAGAUCAUUCUAAAAAUACCAGAGGCUCUAACAGUGUUGAUAGAGCUGAUGGAAGCAGGAUCCAAACAGUGCCAGCACAGUGCCACCCUGACCAUCAGGAACUUGUGCUGCCACGCUGGCAACAAGCCCAAACUUCUGGCCUCAGACAAACUUAUUCCAGUACUGAUGCAGCGGAUAGAAAAUUCAUGUGAUCACAGAACACAGCUGAUUGCCACAUCAGCUCUGUGGGCUCUCAUCAACAACCAUAAGGCUCGCGUACAGGUCAAGUCUGCAAACAUAGCUCUACGUCUGGUUGACCUUCUACAGAAUCUUCAAAACUCUGGUAAUGGCUCAGGUACCAUAAAGAAAAGUUGUGAGAAUAUCAAGGCUAUCAUCUCCGCUAUACGAACAUAAUGAAUUGAAUCCAGACACAGUUAAGAUCAGAUAGUUGAAAUUUAAUUUAACUUUUUUUAUGUAAUGUAAAUAAACUUCUUCAUAUCUCAAGAAGUGC